GCAAUUACUACUACUACUACUACUACUACUACUGUUUCUCUUCAAUCUCAAUCAUCAAUCCCCUCGAACAACAUACAAGAACAAACAACAACAACCGCCACUGUUUCCGCCACCACUUUCCAAAACCGGAAAACCUGACCCGACCCGGUUUCUAUGUAACUCGCUUUUUCUAUAAAGUAGGCGUGAACACGCACACUGUUUUCUUGUCCCCUCCGUGAAAAUAGAAAGAGGGUCGUUUUCUGUUACGACGUUUGCUGCUCAUCUUUCUGCAGUGACUCCUCACUGUGCUGCUGCUGCUCUGUUUUGCUCUGGUUUGUUUUCUUCCUCGAGAUCCGGUGAGCUUUGGGAUUCGUUGCUGCUUGCUACUUUGACUGAGAUCUGCUUGGUACUUUGGGUGGUGGGGGUUGAGGAGGAUUGGAAGCGAAUGAAGGGUAGGAGUACAAGUGUUGUCUUUUGUAGUGAUACUGGUUUCGGUUGAGGAUUCAAAGCGUGGGAAUCUUCUGGGAGUUUCAGUUUGUUUUGGUUGGUGAAUGGUACAAAUAAUGAUAUUCUGGAGUAGGAAGGAAGAGAAGAAAGGGGUUUAUCUGGUGGGAAUUUCUUUGCUGCUCAACUUGUAUACUUAAAAUUGUGCUGAAAUCAUUGAUUUUGGACUAGCUUUUAAAGGUUUGAAGUUGCUGAAAUGAAACUCUCUUCAGCUGGUUUUAGUUCUCCACCCCAGGAAGGAGAAAAGCGAGUUCUAGAUUCAGAACUUUGGCAUGCUUGUGCUGGUCCUCUUGUUUCUUUACCAGCUGUAGGAAGCCGCGUAGUCUACUUUCCACAAGGUCACAGUGAACAGGUUGCUGUAUCUACCAACAGGGAAGUGGAUGCUCACAUCCCCAACUAUCCAAGUUUACCUCCCCAACUUAUCUGUCAACUUCAUAAUGUGACUAUGCAUGCAGAUACUGAGACAGACGAAGUAUACGUGCAGAUGACCUUGCAACCUCUGAAUCCUGAAGAGCAGAAGGAGGGAUACCUUCCAGCAGAGUUGGGGACAGCGAGUAAACAGCCAACAAAUUAUUUCUGCAAAAUUUUGACGGCCAGUGAUACAAGCACUCAUGGGGGAUUCUCUGUUCCUCGCCGGGCAGCUGAAAAAGUUUUUCCUCCAUUGGACUUUUCACAGCAGCCUCCUUGUCAAGAGUUAAUUGCAAGGGAUUUGCAUGGUAAUGAAUGGAAAUUCAGACAUAUCUUCCGUGGCCAGCCGAAAAGGCAUCUACUUACAACAGGAUGGAGUGUCUUUGUGAGUGCUAAAAGACUAGUUGCUGGUGAUUCUGUGCUGUUUAUCUGGAAUGAAAAGAAUGAAUUGCUUCUCGGCAUUCGGCAUGCUAAUAGACCACAACCUAUGAUGCCUUCAUCGGUGCUGUCAAGUGAUAGCAUGCACUUGGGGCUUCUUGCUGCUGCAGCUCAUGCAGCUGCAACAAAUAGUCGUUUCACCAUUUUCUAUAACCCGCGUACUAGCCCAUCAGAAUUUGUCAUACCUUUAGCGAAGUAUGUUAAAGCUGUGUAUCAUACUCGAGUUUCAGUUGGUAUGCGCUUCAGGAUGCUAUUUGAAACAGAGGAAUCUAGUGUGCGGCGAUAUAUGGGCACGAUAACUAGCAUUAGUGACAUGGAUUCUUCCCGGUGGCCAAAUUCACAUUGGCGCUCCGUCAAGGUUGGCUGGGAUGAAUCCACAGCAGGUGAGAGGCAACCUCGAGUAUCUCUAUGGGAAAUUGAGCCAUUAACAACAUUUCCAAUGUACCCAUCUCCAUUCCCCCUUAGGCUCAAAAGACCAUGGCCUCCAGGAAUGCCUUCAUUCCAUGGCUUGAAGGAUGAAGAUUUUGGCUUAAAUCCUUCUCUAUUGUGGCUUCGAGACGCAGAUAGAGGACUUCCGUCUCUAAAUUUUCAGGGGAUUGGUGUUGGUCCUUGGAUGCAGCCACGACUUGAUCCCUCCAUGGUUAAUUUCCAAUCAGAUACAUACCAAGCUAUGGCUGCAGCUGCACUUCAGGAUAUGAGGGCUUUAGAUCAUUCCAAACAGCGUCACGCUUCUUUACUUCAAUUUCAGCAACCCCAGAACAUCCCGAACCAGAUGUUUCAGCAGUCUCAACCUCAGCAGGCCUUUCCAAAUAAUCAAGAAAAUCAACAUCGAUCUCCAUCUCAGGCUCAAAGUCAAACACAUUUCCAGAAUCAUCUACAGCAUCAGCACUCAUUCAAUGAUCAGUUGCAGCAACAACUGCAACAGCAACAGCAAGUGUUAGAUCAUCAGCAGAUUUCAAGUUCUGUAUCUACAAUGUCUCAGUUUGUUUCAGCACCUCAAUCUCAAUCACAACCUGUCCAGGCUAUUUCUUCGCUUGGCCAUCAGCAAUGUUAUUCUGAUUCUAAUGGGAACCCGGUAACUACCACUGUAGUUUCUCCCCUGCAUAGUAUAUUGGGUUCAUUUCCCCAAGAUGAAACAUCUCACCUUCUCAACCUUCCUACUAGAACAAACUCUUGGGUUCCUGUUCAACCUUCUACUGCAUCAUGGCCCUCCAAGCGUGUUGCAAUGGACCCUCUCCUUUCUUCUGGAGCAUCUCAAUGUAUUACCUUGCCGCCAUUUCCUGGUAGGGAAUGUACAAUAGAAGGAAGUGCUGAUCCACAAAACCUUUUAUUUGGUGUUAACAUAGAGCCCUCCUCACUUCUAAUGCAUAACGGGAUGUCAAGCCUUAAGGGGAUCAGCAGCAAUAGUGGCUCAUCAACCAUACCUUUUCAAUCUUCUAGGUAUCUGAAUACCACAGGCAAUGAUUCUUCAUUGAAUCCUGGAUUGACACAAAGUAUUGGUGAAUCAGGCUUCCUGCAAGCUCCAGAAAAUGGAGAUCAAGGAAACUCACCUUCCAGAACCUUUGUGAAGGUUUACAAGUCAGGGUCCUUCGGAAGAUCGUUGGAUAUCACGAAAUUCUCCAACUACCACGAGCUACGCAGCGAGCUUGCUCGCAUGUUUGGCCUUGAAGGUGAGUUGGAGGUCCCUGUAAGAUCAGGCUGGCAGCUUGUAUUCGUUGACCAAGAGAAUGAUGUUCUUCUUCUUGGUGAUGGCCCCUGGCCGGAAUUUGUAAAUAGUGUCGGGUGCAUCAAGAUACUUUCCCCUGAGGAAAUGCAGCAAAUGGGAAACAAUGGCCUUGGGCUUCUGAACUCCGUUCCAAUUCAGAGGCUCUCUAAUGGCUUCUCUGAUGACUACACUGGCCCUGACGACCCUAGAAAUUCAAGCUCUGGGAUAACAACCGUGGGGUCUUUAGACUACUGAAACAUGUCACAAUUCAAACUGUGAAUUUCUUCUCUCUUGUAUUAUUAUCACUCCUCAACGAAGGUGGGAAGUUCUGCCUAGUUGUAAUUUUAUAACCUACUUUUUAAGCCUUUUGUUUACCUGUUUUUUUUUAUACUUUUUAUGCUUAGGAAGGACCAUUCAUAAGCUGAACACUGUCACUGUAGCUAUAUGGCAUCUUAACAUUGUGUUACAAUAUACUGGUUACUUAGAGUUCAAUGCAUGAAGACAACUCUUUCUAUAA